AUGUCAAACAACCAGGAGUUUCCCUUACAGAACAAGCAAGCUGCCAUCACUGUCAAUGGCGUUCAUACCGAGAUUUUACUCACUGGGUACGCAGACAAAAUCUUUGUUAUUAUUACACAAUAUGGAAAAAUUGGGAGCCUGAUACAAACGACACUGGAUAUCUCGCCUCAAUUAGCCAUGAACCCUUCAGCUGUACCUACCACCAGCCAUUUCUUGAUGGGAGAAUCUACAGGAGAACAAAGCGAUCUAUACAUCUUGUAUUCCACCUCCAUUUUACAAGCCAUUGGUGCCAUGAAUCCACAUGAAAAACGACCUUUAUUAUUAGGUAUUGCGCUCAAGCCCUUGGAAGACAUGUCUGCCAGAAAGCAAGUAUUUCAUCAAAUCAUAGAUCAAAUCAUGGCAAAUCGUGUUUGGUGA